AUGGGUCAGAAACCAUCCGUUCCUAAGCCAGGAACAACAAUCCAAGUCAUCGGAGCCGGACUCCCCCGCACUGGAACCGCUUCAUUCAGCGCAGCCUUGGAAAUCCUCCUAGGCGGCCCCAUCUUCCACGGCGGAACACAAGCUACCCUAGGCCCCCCUAUCCAGAUCCGAACAUGGAUGCAGGCCCUUACGCACUGGGCCGCAGGGGGAGAAGACGACCAGAAGGCUGUCCUGGAGCUCCUAGCGCGCCAGUAUGAUGGAUACGCUGCCACGACGGACUCCCCGGGCUGCCAGUUCGUUCCUGAGCUAAUAGCCCUGUACCCGGAUGCCAAGGUGAUCUGUACAGUGCGAGAUCCGAUUUCGUGGGAAAAGUCCAUGAAUCAGGUGAUGCACUAUACAUUUCUUUGGUUUCUGCGUGGCGUUCUGUUUCCGUUGCCUGGAAUGAGGCAUUUUAUGGACUACCUUGGGCUGUUGAAUGUGCAAUGGGUGAGGCUGUACCAGGAGGAGAUUCCUACGCGGCAGACGUAUUAUCGGCAUAUUGAGUGGUUGAAGGAGGUUGUUCCUGAGCAUCGCCUUGUUUUUUAUGAUGUUCGGGAUGGAUGGGGGCCUUUGUGUAAGGCGCUUGCGAAGGAGGUCCCCAAGGACAUGCCAUUUCCGCAUAUAAAUGAUGGCGAGGCGAUUGAGAAGAUUGCGAAGUUGCAUAUUCGUCGGGGAUUGGCACGUUGGGCGUUUAUAUUUGCUGUUGGCGCGACUGCAUUGGCCUGGGCGUUGUACAGAUAG